AAAUAAAUAUGAUUCCCAAGAACAGGUUCUCCAAAGACAUUCUCCGACUUGAACCUGACACAGCAGCUCCAUAGAACUGUGCUCUGCCAUGAGGUCAAUUGCUCUGUUUCUCUUGGGUGUCAUCUUCCUGGACCAGUGUGGGGUUCAAGGAGCCCUAGUCAUAAGGAAUCAGCGUUGCUCCUGUAUCAGGACCAGGAAAGGCAUGAUCCCCUCCUACAGGUCCUUAAGAGAUCUCAAACAAUUUGCCCCAAGCCCUCAGUGCAACAAAACUGAAAUCAUUGCUACCCUGAAGACCGGAACUCAAACCUGUCUGAACCCAGAUUCAGUGAAUGUGAAGAAGCUGAUGCAAGAUUGGGAGAAACAGAUCAGCCAAAAGAAAAAGCAAAAGAGGGGGAAAAAAAACAUCAAAGUUCAAGAAAACCGGAAAAGCUAAAAAACCCAAGGUCCUCGCUCAAGACUCCGUGAGAUACAACUUUCCCAGCUAGCGCUCUGCGUUGUAAAUGGCCUUCUAGAUCAUACUAAAAAUGCCUUCGGUGGGGAGCGGGCUUUAAUACGUAAGCUCAUUAACUUGGCUAGAAAAUACAAUGCAUGAUUUUGAAAGUAGAACUAACGCUAGAAAGUUAAUUGUAAAAUCCAAAUAGUAAAGAUUGCUAGAGGCAAAAACUGUCUUUGUUACACGCAGCCAACAAAAUUCCAUCAAGCUCUUGAACACAGUCUUGAUAAUCUCAAAUCUGGGCAAGUAUCCAUGCGUGCUUAUCCCAUGCCCAACAGCUGUCUCUGGGCUUCUAGACUGCAGCAUCCGGAGGGUUCUGAGGUCGUCACCAAGCCUAAGUCUGUCUGUAUGCUGGUGAGCAAGACCUCGCUAAUCUGGCCAUCAGCAGCUGCACUUGGGUUAGCCUACAGGCCUGGCACAUAGUCUGUCGCAGAGAUCUGUGCUAAUGUUUUUUGAGUUCCACAGUAGAGAUCACCAGACUUGGCUUUCAGAGCCUUCCAUGUACCUUUUGAGACCAUGUGAUCUCAUCAUUGACUUGAUCCCAUCUUCAAGGCUCAUUUCAAGUUUUGCUUCUUAAAUAAAACCCUCUUAGAUGGCUGCGGGGUAGCUUAGUGGUAGAGCACUUGCCUUGCACGGACAAGGCCUGGAGCUGAUCACUAACAGUGCAGAUUUUCUGGCUACUCAAAUUCUCUUCAGUUUUAUUUCACUUGCUGCUCGGUGUCUCAUGAAUAAACUUCAUUGUUAUCUAAUUA